CAUCAACUUCUGAUUCCUUUCCUCUCAUUCAUUUCUCAUUCUCUUCAUCCUCCAUCAACUUCCCAUUCCCAUGUCUGGCAAACAAAGAACGCUCUAUGUCGCGGGAUUCAGUCAACGAUCGCGCCCCAAAGACAUUGCCUAUGAAUUUGAGAGAUUUGGGCGAUUGGUUCGGUGCGAUGUUCCAGCUCUCCGGAACAACUCCUCCAGACCCUACGCCUUUAUCGAGUAUGAAGACGAAAGGGACGCCCGGGACGCCUAUAACGAAAUGAGAGACGCCCGCUUUGAAGGACACCGUCUGAACGUACAGUUUGCGAAAAACACGCCAAGCUCGUCCUGGAGAUAUGAACGCGAAGGUGGUCAUGAUCGAUCCAGAUCACCUCGACGCGCCCGCUCACCUGCCCGUCGUCGUUCUCCUCGUCGUCGCUCUCCUAGCCCCACACCGCGUCGUCGAUCAGCAAGCCCUCGCCAUGGCUCGUCCGGUUCCACACCGAGUCGUCGCCGAUCUGUCAGCCCCCGUAAUCAUUCUCCCAGACCUGAAAACCGUGGUCGAACUUCCGCUUCGCGCUCUCCGGUCCGUGAGCGUAGUAAGGAGCGCGAAGGCGAUCGCAGUGAUAACGGCCAUGAACGCGCUUCUCGCUCUCCAGACCACGGCAAGGAAAGUCACGGCAAGGACAGCCACGACCAGGACAAUAUUGGCGAUCGAUCUCGUUCUCCUUCGCCUAAUCGACGCUCAAGCUCGCCUCAGGACCAUGCUAUGACUCCGUAACAAGGUUCGAUAGCAAGACAGACAGAGUAACAGCAGACGAACGGACACCCAUGUCGAAGAACACAUAUGCAUAAGAACAUACAAUUACAAGACCAUAAUAAAAAUGGGUACAGAAGCCAACUUUAGU